GAGUAUAAAGGCAGCGGGACUGGCAUUCUAUUCAAACAAUAUUUGCUCGUCGCGCGAUAAGCAUCAAAAUCUAGAAAAGCCACAGCGGCACAGUGAUAGUGUGAAAUUAAGCAAACAAAGUCUUGAAAAGUAAACAAAUUUGGCUCCAGUGACAGUGAAUAUUUAAACUACCUAAUUACAACCACCGACUUAAUCUCGUCGAGAAACCCGGAGAGCACGGAUAUGGAUGGACAGGCGAACCGCGUUGUCCCCGAUGGCGGCUAUGGAUGGGUUGUUGUGGCCGCCGUGGCCUUGAUCAAUAUGACCAACCAAUCCAUUCUUUCGGUUUUUGGCCAGCUCUUUGCGGGCGAGCUGCAGGGAGACACCUUCACGGCGGCCCUGAUCACCAAUCUAAACAGUUUGGCCCUCAACUUUUCCGGCCUCUUCAUUGGACCCGCCAUCAAGAGCUUUAAGCCUAGAAAUGUGGCCGCCACAGGCUGUGUCCUUGUCUCCUUGGGUCUGACUCUUUGCGCCUUUGCCACCCAGAGCUGGCACUUCAUUGUGGGCUACAGCUUGUUCGUGGGCUUUGGAUUGGGCCUCAUCUCGCCCUCCACGUUCAUGGCCAUCAAUUCCUACUUCAGCAGCAAGCGCGGACGGGCUGUGGGUGUCUCACUAGCAGGUGCUGGCAUGGGACAGGUGCUUAUCCCUCAUCUGGUGCGUUAUUUCCUGGAGAACCAUGGCUUUCGCUAUGCAGUCCUGGCCAUGUCCUGCCUAUCGCUACUUGGACUCAUUGGUGCCGUCUUCUUGAAACCCCUUAAUCCGCCUGCCAAGCACAACAAUCGCAGACACAUUCGACUGCUGGCCGAGGGAGAUGUCGACAAGACUCAAUCUAGUCCCCUGCAAGUUGUGAUUGUUUCUUCCAACCAAAGCAAGAGCGAGGUUAGCCCACCGAAAGCAGAUACUCUGUGCAGCCGAAUGGCACAGCGUUUGGUGCAGGCCAUGGAUCUGGAGCUGCUCAAGGAUCUGGUGUUCUGGAGCAUCAUUGUGGGCAUGGCCCUAGUCUACACGGCCACCAUUAACUUCACCAUGAUCUUCCCGGGCUUUCUUGGACAAACAGCCAAACUGAACAGCCAGUUGGUGGCCUUCUGCAUGUCCGUGGUGGCAGGAGCCGAUAUUGUGUGCCGCCUGCUACUGCCCAUUAUCACGGAUCACCUGAGAAUCCCCUACCGUGUCGUAUUCCUGAUCGGCAUCGCUGGACUUUUCGUCGCCCGUUGUGUGCUGGCCGAGAGUCAAUCGCUCCCGGUGAUCAUCUCCAUGUCGGUGCUAACGGGCAUGAUGAAGUCAGCCACCGUGAUUAACAACAAUCUCACCAUAUCGGCGCAUUGUCGCUCAGACAAACUGGCCGGCGGACUGGGACUGAGCAUGAUGUCCAAGGGUCUUAUUGUCAUCACAGUGGGUCAGCUGCUGGGAUGGGUGCGAGACUACGCAGAUUCCUACAUCAUCUGCCUGUACGUUCAGGGAGCGAUACUGCUGCUGGUGGUUUUGGUUUGGACGCCGGAGAUCUUCUACCGCCACCGCAGGCAGCGACGUGCCACCAAGUCCAUUGAGACGCAAUCUAUGGACGCACCCGAAGAGGUGACCAAGCUCAAUUCGUAAAUAGCUGUCGUCACUGGUCUGGAUAGUAUUUUUAAGUGAGGAAGUUCGGUAUUGACUGUCAUGUGAUAGGCGGCAGAAUGUGUUCCUGGAGGGAAGCUUCUGGCCUCGCCGCAGUAGUUAUCUGGGUUGUGACCAAGGACCAGUGCCAGGAACAGCACUAUUUGUAUGACUAUGCAUUUUAGGCUUAGGUUUUCGAUUAUUUAUUACCAUUUAGCCCGUAGAGACUUAACUUUUUGUACUGCCAUAAGAGCCAAAAUAAAAAUUAAACAAGUAUCCGUAUUACAAAAA